AUGCUGCUUCCCGUGACCUUCCACAGCAUGUCCUGGAUGCUGCUCUCCUCUCUGAUGCUGCUAUCCCAGGUCCAAGGUGAAGAUGACCCAAUGAAACAGCUCUCUGCACGGAUCAGCUGUCCUGGAGGCUCCAAAGCCUAUGGUUCCCACUGCUAUGCCUUUUUUCUGAUGCCAAAAACCUGGGUGGAGGCAGAUAUGGCUUGCCAGAAGCGGUCUUCAGGACACCUUGUGUCUGUACUCAGUGUGGCUGAGGGAUACUUUGUGGCCUCCCUGGUGAAAAGCACUUCAAACAACUAUGCAAAUGUCUGGAUUGGGCUCCAUGAUCCUACACUGGGCUUGGAACCCAAUGCAGGGGGAUGGGAGUGGAGUAACACAGAUGUGCUAAAUUACUUGGCCUGGGAGAGACUUCCAUCCACAAUCUCAAACCCUGGUCACUGUGGGAGCCUGUCGCAAAACUCAGGAUUCCGGAGCUGGAAAGAUUAUAACUGUGAUCAGAGGUUGCCCUAUGUUUGCAAGUUCAAGGGUUAG